CUCCCGACAUGGCGGCGGGCGGGUAGCAGGGGGCAGCCACCGCUCCGCUCCCCGCCCAGCCCCCGUCCCCGGGGGGCUGCGGGGCGAGGCGGCAUUGUUGGCCGCGUCCAUCACUCACUCCCCAGCCCGGCUGACAUAAUGAAUGCGCUUGGACACACCUUCCAGCCCGGCGGAGAGGCGCGGCGUGCCUCCAGCCGGCGCUCCGCUCCCCUCAGCCCUCCCGGCCCCCACAGCCCGCAGCCCCGUCCCGGCCCGGUGAGGGGCCGCGGCGGCCGGGCUGGGCUGGGCUGGGGCGGGCAGCCCUCGCUAUGCUGCCCAGCGCCCUGUACUGGGACCUGGUGGGCUCCUCGGCUCUCCUCAACCUGCCGGCGGCGCCGGGCUUCGGCAACCUGGGCAAAAGUUUCCUCAUCGAGAACUUGCUGCGGGCCGGGGCGCCGCAGAGCCCUGCCCAGCUCCGUCCCCUCCCCGCCAGCCCCGUCCCCCUCAAGCUGUGCCCCGCGGCGGAACAAAUCAGCCCCUCGGGGGGUCCCUUCCCGACACGGUGGGCUUUUCAAGUGCUUAACCCCUCGGCGGCGGACGGCGGCCGCCUGCCAGCGCGGGCUCCGGCGGCGGACAGAGGCGGCGUCUUCCCGCCGGCGGCCACAGCUCUUUCCAAACACUUUUUUCUCCGAGCCCCGCCAUUCUACUCAGCAUGCUGCGGUGGGUCCUGUCAGCACCCUGCAUCCCCCACUGCUUUUCCAAGAGAGGAAAGUGUCCUGCCUCUUCUGACCCAGGAGUCUAACUCCAAAGCCCGGAGAGGUAUAUUACGAAGAGCUGUCUUUUCUGAAGACCAGAGGAAAGCUUUGGAGAAAAUGUUUCAGAAGCAGAAGUAUAUCAGUAAAACAGACAGGAAGAAACUGGCCAUUAACCUGGGUCUGAAGGAGUCUCAGGUGAAAAUUUGGUUUCAGAACCGAAGGAUGAAGUGGCGCAACUCCAAAGAAAAAGAAGUGCUUUCAAACAGGUGCCUCCAAGAAGGUCUUCAGGAGAACUACCUCUCACAGUCCACCAUGAAUUUUACUUCCCCAUGCCCCUCCGUGUGGGAAGUAUCUCAGGAGCAGGCAAGUCCAAGGUGGAAGGAGAAGUCUCCAGGAAAUUCUGAAAGACUGGCUAGUACACAACCACCUCCAAGAGCAAAUUCAUCGUAGAGCCCAUUGUAUUUGUAUCCUGACCAAGACACUGCAAAUAAGGCAGUUACAUCAUCAGCUUAAAAAAUAGGGGCAGUUUGUAAAUCGAGUGGAGAACACGGGCUUCAAAUAAGAGGUCUUCUAAGACUAACAAUAUUUGGACACUGUAAAGCUAACUAGUUUAUGCCUCAUAAAUUUGCUAAAGUCUAACACCAUUAAAAUGACAAACAACUAAUGAUUUAAGAAAUACUUUUCAAUACUCAGCCUUUUCUUGUGUCUUUUCCAGUCUUUUACUGACCUUAAAAGUGGAAUAGGAACUGAUGGUAAGUAAAACGAAGUGAAGAGCAUGACGCUGAAGUUUGGCUCUGAUUUAUACAUCUGCACUGUAUAUAGAUAUUCAUUAAAACACGCUGAUAGAUGAUCUCUUCUAUCUCUCACUGCAUUCAGACCAAGUAAUUUCUUUUGUGUAUAAGAAUAACCCUGGUUUCCUGAAGAUAGUAAGUUGCUUUGGGUUCUUUUUGAAACUGAUUAAAUGACACAGUAGGUUCAUAUGUAAUUUUUAGUAUGUUUCCUCCAUCUGUCCUCACCUAUAUCAGUAUCCAGCUAGUUCAAAUAGCACAGGCACACAUCAGCUGGUAACCAUAGUAAAGUAUGCAAUACUAAAAGACAACCAACCAACCCGCACAAUAAAUGGACUGUGUUUAAAAUGAUUUGAUUUGAAUGCAUACUGGGAAAUGCAAUUCACUAACUCCUUUAUUUUAUCCUGUGGAUGAAACUUACAGCAUUUUCAACUCAAUUUCAGUGGCUUUGUCAGACUGUAAGUGCAAUCUCUUGUAAUCUGUUCUGUAUUUCAAAAUUGUGAUGGCAAUAUGCAGAAUUACAGGCCAAACGGACUAAGCAGCAGUGCUAUAACUGGAAAAACUGCCACUAGAGCCUCCCUCAGUGAAGUACCUAAAGAGAUGGCAUGCUGUAGUAAUCUCAUUCCUCACUUACUCCUCCUUAAACUCAUGCCAAGAAGUACACAUAAAUAUAUAUAUGUAUUAAAAGACAGGACAGCAUUCUGUGUAAUACGAGAAGCCUGAAAAAAUACUAUUAAAACUGCUUUACUUGAAA